UCCCCGUUGGACGUUACAUCCAUUUCCGCUACUGCCAACGUUGCGGCCGAUUCUUUGCUCAAAUGAGGGACCGCUUUCCUUAGACGACACGACAUGCUGAACUCCUCUUGAAAAACACAGAUAAAGCUUAAAUAAUCCGUUUGAAGUCGUCCGUGUUGUUAUUGCGGUGUCACCUUGAAUUCCGCCUGCCCGGAAUGGCUGGACAUCGCUCGCGACUAACGCAAAGCUGACCAACCGAUCUCUUGAGCUCGCUACAACAGAAGUAUCAGUUAAAUUGAAAAUGGCGGCCGUCAUCUGAGGUGGGUUAUUCGUGUCUGGGUCCCAAGUUCUUUUGAAUAGCCGUUCCCCUCUCUGUACGCCGUAUUUUCCAAUGGGAGUAGUACUGCGGAAUCUCCAGAAGGUGGUGCCUCUUCGCCGCGCCAGACUGCGCAAGGACGUUGAAACGCUGAGGCACAUUCUGGGGAUCCAUAAAUUUGACCUGGGCAUCGUUUGCGUGGAUAAUCACAGAAUUCAGCACAUUAACAACGUUUACAGAAAGAAAAACGUGCCCACGGAUGUCCUCUCAUUUCCAUUCUACGAGGACCUGAGGCCUGGUAAGCUGCCUUGCCCCUUUCAUAGAGAUGAGCUGAACCUUGGGGACAUUUUCCUGGGGGUGGAGUUUGUGAUGGAGCAGUGUAAAGAGGACUCCUUGGAUCUGCAUGGAACCCUCGCCGUUGUCACUGCACAUGGCAUCUGUCACCUGCUGGGCUACAGACAUGAGACGGAGGAAGAAUGGACUGAGAUGCUGCAGAAGGAAAGUUACAUUCUAAACGAGUACAACCGCCUCACAGGGAGGAACCUGGAGCCCCUGAUGAAGAGAUGCGCUCAGGACAGGUGAAGAGCACCUGCUGCCUGAACCUUUGCACUACGGGGAGUGAUGUCACCAUCUGCACUGGAUUCACCGUCAUGUUGUCUGAGCAAUCACACGCUACUGAUUUUAAGGACUUUAAUCAGCUGGCAGUAGACACACCGCAGUUUGACUGAAUAUGCUUUCAAAAAUGGGAUGUGUGGGUUGUUUUAAACAUCAAAUUAAAAAGUCUGUGCACUUUCA